AUGAAGUCGGACAUCGUGUUACCCAUAAACAUUGCUCUAAGGCGAGUUUUGAUGUUUGACUGCUCGGUGGAUAUUUGCAUUAACCGCCAUGAUAUCGCAAAGAAGAUGAAUGUAUCGUUUACGAAUGGUAGGAUCACUAAAGCAGAAGCCAGUACUUCAUUGAGGCUGUUGAUGCUACAAAAUCUCGUGUUGCCUAUCCGUGCUGUCGUUAUUGCACCCACUGUCGAGAUUAUACCGACACCAAAGAAGGCCAAAGCCCAAGGUGAUAUAUACAUUCCUAUCGUAUAUCGCCCUGACACGGAAAUAAAAGAGAAGGGAGGUAGUAGACACAGCGAUGAUAUAUAUCCAACAAAGAGUGCGUUCAAGCUGAGCACAGUCGUGUACAGGCACCGCUUCAUGAAAAAGAAUUGA